UUCUACCCUACGGUACAGGGUUUUGAAGUGUUUCUGGUUUUUUUUUGACGAUGGCGAAAAAGAAAGUAGAAAUGAAAUAAUAGAAUAUACACACCAAAUCAGCCGUCUAAAUCGUCGCCUGAUUCAUCAUGGCUGACAACGGAGGCUCAGAAGACAGCCUGAUGCAGAAUGAUGAUGAGCAGACUAAAGAAGUGGUUAACAUUCUAAAGGAAGUAAGGGCUAACCUCUCUGAAAUCGGAAAAACCCAACUUGAUGAUGAGAUAAAGCAGGUAGCCAAAGAAAGCAUCGAAAAAGGAGACCAGAGCUUGAGAAUUGUGUCUGAAAUAAUGAGGAACUUUGUAAAUGUUGUGUCUGUGAAGCUUGGUGUAAGCCUUGAAGAAACGAAGCAAAUUCUCCGAAUAUUCCUUCUUUGCUGGAACAAGCAAGGAUUGGCAGAGGCCAUUAUGAAAGAUAUCUAUAAUGAGGAUGAGCCAGAAGAACCAGAGGUUGAUGAAAAGAUGCCAAUGGAAGUUAAAGGAUUGGAUGACAAAAAACUUGCCAUGUAUGCUAGAGCUUUACGAGAGGGCCAUGAAGAGGUACAAAGAAUUCGAGCAAUGGUUGUCGGCAUGUUUUCCGUUGGAAAAACAUCCCUUGUCAAUAACCUAAUUGACGCUUUAAAGAAUAAUAGACCAACACAGAUUCCGGUUAAUGAGCAAUAUCCAUUAAGUACUGAAGGCAUUGAUGUACACUUGUGUAAGAUUGAAAAUGAAAAAUGGAAAAAGCUGGCCUUGACGCAGAAACGAAAUGUACAACGUACAUUAGAACGGGCUUUUCAACAGUAUGACUUUCCUGAUUCUAUUACGCCUGUUGUAGAGCAUGAACAACAGCAGGAAGAAAAUAUGGAUGUAUCUGAACCGCCUGAGGAAAAUACACAAGUAAAGGAGACUGUUCAGCCUCCUGUUAAUGUUCAAGUUGACUUGGAGAAGUUAAAGAAAUUUGUUCAACCAGAUGAAAUAGAACCAAGAGAAGAAAUUCCUCGAACAAUUCCUACCAAAGCUCAUGAAGAAAUCAUAAAAGAAACAGACAUCCAAGGAAAUCCACCACUUGUUUCAGUGUGGGACUUUGCAGGGCAGAAUUUGUACUAUUCAACCCACCACUUUUUCUUGAACAAGCGGUCAAUUUACCUUUUGUUGAUGAAUAUGACAAAAAAAUUAAGUGAUCUUGUUGAAGAAAGUGAAUCAUUGGCUGGUCUGGUUCAUGAAAAGUUCACCUGUCUGGAUGCCUUCAAGUUUUGGCUGAAUUCCAUCCACAUGUACAGCUCAAUUCAUGAUCAAGAACACGAAGAUAAACCAACGGUCAUCCUGAUUGGCACUCAUAAGGACGAGAUGUCCGGCACAGAUGAAGACAAAGAAGAACACAUGAAUGCCUUCUUUAAUGAAGCAUUGAGACCAUUUAUUGACACAAAUGUUUUAAAGCAUGUGCAUGAUAGAAAAUUUCUCGUGAACAAUCUUGAUGCAAAAGACCCAGUUUUUGAUGAAAUCAGAAAUGAAGUCAAAAAGGUGGCUGAAGUCCAACCCUAUUGGAAUGAAAAGCAUCCGCUGAAAUGGAUACAGCUUGAGAAAACCUUUGAACAAAUGAGAGGGGACGGAAUAGAAAUGGUAACACUGCGUGAGGUUGAAGCUGCAAACAGAGAGAACCCACAGCCUUUGGAAAGUGCCCAGCUACAGUUGUUCUUGGAAAUUCAGCACAUGUAUGGGAACAUCCUUUACUUUAACACAACGGAAUUGAAAAAUCAUGUCAUUUUGUCCCCACAAUGGAUCAUUGAAGCCUUUAAGUGCUUCAUCAACCACAAAGAGAAACAUGUACCACCAAAGCUCCUUAAAGAGUGGCAAAGAUACAAAGGGUCUGCUAUAUUAGAACAGCAACUGCUGCAGGCAAUUUUGACGCACAGUGCUCCACAGAUCGAAGCCAACGCUGAUGUUGUCGUUGAAUACAUGGAAUACUUAAAUAUUAUGUCCAAGCCAAUACAUUUGGAAGAUUAUGAAGAACAAGAUGAAGACAGAGUUCAACAAGAUGACACCAGCUGUGUGGAUCUUAAUUACACAGGCCCCAUUUGUGCGCCUCUCCAUUCAGGUACAAACUUUCACAUUUUACCUUGCCAGCUCAAAGCAAAGCCUAAAGAUGAUCGGGAAGAAUUAACAAAUCCACCAAAAUGGCAAAACACUGAAGCACUCUGUUUUGUUUUCAAAGACAAUUUUAUGCCACCAGCUAUUUUCCACAGGCUAUUAGCUGCUUGCAUUAGGAACUGGGAAAUUGCAAAACUGAACAGGAAAAAUAUGAUGUACAAUAACUUCGGCGUGUUUAAAGUGAACAGUCAGGCUCAGCUCAGAUUAUGGUUCGUCGACCACAUCGUCUAUGCAAGGAUGUCAUUUAUGUCGAAGCAUAAGAAACAAGCAAUAGAUUCCGGUGUUUGUACGGAUGUCAGACGUAUUUUGUACAGCAACUUGAUGGCGAUCCUGGGCCUUUUACCAAGGUCAAAGAACUUCGCGAAAACAACACCAUACGAAGAAUAUGUUCAGUGUCCUAAUAUAAAUGAACCAGGCGUCGGACUUUUCCGAGUAAAUGCCCUACUUACAGAUGGAGAAAUUUGUUGUGUUGAUCACGAGAUAUGUGACCAACAUGCAAUGCAAACAGACGAAGAUCUGAAGAGUUGGUACAGCGAUGUUCUAGACGACAGGGAAAAGGCAGAAACGACAUUCAUAGGUGUAGAUUUAGAUAUUGUUCCAACUGAUCAACACGUGUCAAAGAUUGCAUCAUCUUUGAGAACAAACAAAGAGAUUUGGCUUAUAGGCAUAGAGCUUGGAUUAAAGCAAGUUGAUAUGAAACGAAUAAGAAAAGACCACUUUGAUGCAAGAGUGGACUUUGUAUUCCAUGUGCUACUCGAAUGGAGAAAACAGAAGAAUGAAACACUCAAGACAUUGAAGCAAGUUUGUGUCGCCGUGAUGAAAAAUUCACCAGGAGACAUCUUUGAUAUAUUUGCAGCCCUUAAGGAGUAGACAAAAGGUAUAUAUGCAAAUCUUGCUAAUAAUGACGCACUAACAAAACUAAAAUAUAGAUUUAAAGCAUCUGAUAUGAGCUUUAUAUUAUCGUAUGUUUUCACUAAUGCUGCAUGAUCUAGAAUUCUCUCAUUAAGUUAAAUAUUAAAACUAUAGCUGCUUGAGUAGAGGCAAUUAAACAGGUAUAAACGAACCUGUUGCUCGAAGUGUCGUUCUCAAAUUAAUGUACGAAAGAUUAUUUCAACCAGUAUCUAUAUGACCUCUUUUAUUUUACAUUUUUUUCUAGAGAUUGGUUUAUCGAUUGUGUGUAAACCUGAAGUAAAUGGCAUUUCAACUACACGGAAUGACAACAAGACAGUCAAGAACUUUUGCAUUCAGACCAAACGGUGAUAGGUCUUCCUGAUGCAAAAGGUUUUAUAUCAGAUUGUGAAUUGUUUUCAAAAUUAUAUCUUUGUUGUUGUUUUAAGAUUAAUUUUAAGCCCGAUUUUUCAUCGAAAACAUGUUUUAUAGAUUAGCGAAAACUAGGCGGGUGGGCUUUCGGGUGUCGUGAAAGAAUGUUUUUUACAUCAUGAAACUUGGUCGGAAUAUUUGUCAGUAUGAAACUUAAGACUAGUGUGAAUUCGGAUCAUCUCGGGUAAAAAACUAGAUAACUACGUCAAAUCAAGGAAAACAUUUAUUCAGUCUUCAGGAAACUCGGUCAAUAUGGGUCAUUUCAGGUAAAAAAAGUAGGGCACUAGGUGAAGUAUUAAACAGAAAAUAUGUUAAAGUUUCUUUUUUCUUUUACAAAUUCAUCAGUGCAUCCAAUCUUCAAGAAACUCAGUCAGAAAAUUUCGCAGCAUGCCAUUUAUGAACAGGGUGAUUAUGGGUCAUGUCAGGUCAAACACUGGGUCGGACCAGUGAGAAUGUGCGUCAGCAGCAUUUUGUUUAUACAAACAAAUAGCAUAUUGUAACGCGGACACCGAAUUAAAAUUGGCUUUGCUGAUAAUUAUUGACGUAAGUUGACAAUUUUGCAAGAUUCAAUUGUUGAUAGUGUUUCAUGUAUGUGUCUUUAUUCUCUGAUUGCCAUUGCUGAUAAUGAUUGAAAUAUGAUAGCCUUUUUAUGAAGUUUUCUAAAUACAUGUUGGUUUUGUAUUUUUAUUUGAUACUGUUUAUUGCAAAUUUAUUUUCUAUGUCGACAUACGUGUGAAUAUUGUGCAAAUUGUCAUCGCCUGUUAUGAUUGGCAUACGUGUGCUGAUAUUGAUUGAUGAAACUGAUUGCUAAGAUCGAGUCGCAAGUAGGUCAGAAAUAUGAUAGCCUUAAAACAUUUAUGCAGUACUAAUUUAAGGUUAUCAUUUUAUCAGGUACUGUUACUGUUUUUUAAAGAUGUUUUUAGGCUGGCAUACGUAUGUAUAUUUUGCAAAUUGCCUUUGUUUAUAAUGAUUGGCAUAUGUGUGUAUUUUUUGCAAAUUUCCAUUGUUUAUAAUUAUUGACAUAUGUGUGUAAAUUUUUGCAAAUUGCCAUUGUUUAUAAUGACUUUCAUACGUGUGUAUAUGCUGCAAAUUUCCAUUGUUGAUAAUGAUUAUCGUACGUGUGUAUAUUCUGCAAAUUUCCAUUGUUGAUGAUUAACGUACGUGUGUUGCCAUUGCUUAUGAUAUCUUCAAAACAUAUUUCGACUACAUGAUACUAUGCUUUCAGAAUUCAGACAAUUGUGUUUGUCAAUUGUUUAGUUUGGUUACCUUCUCAUAUCAAUCAAGAAAAGUGUUGUCCUUAUAUAUAUUUAUACAAAUAAAUAUUUGGUUUGUUGAGCAAAUAAAACGCACAUCAAAAUUACACGAUUAAGGUGGAAGAAAAGUAUGCUCAGUGAAAAUAUUGACAUCGUUACAUUGUUUAACAAUAUGAAUAUGUUGACUUGGAACAGGAUUUCAGGUUGUGAUCAGCAUUUUCCGGUUAGAUGUAAUAGUUUUUGUUGACGAAAGAGUCAUUUCGAUUGUACCCAUACAUUUAUUCUAAAUGUUAAUUAAAAUAUAGUGUACAUUUCAUAAAUAUUUUCCUUCAAUAUUUAUUUUAACAUACAGGAAAUCGUUCUGUAAAUAACUUAAUCUUAAUGUAAUGUGAAACAGCGGGGAAUAAAACUGGUUCGACUUGUCUAUCAAAAUUAUGGUGUGCAUGGUUGCGACUUUUAUGUCAAUCUAAGCGAAAAUAUCAAAUCACAAAUUGACGAGCGCGUUGAAUUGUCCGGUAAAUCUAUUUUGUCCCGAAGAUGUAGCAUUGUGUUCAGAUUCAAACAAUAUUUUGUGUAUAGUAUCUUUUACUAUUGUUUUUAUGCCCCCCUUCGAAGAAGAGGGGUAUAUUGCUUUGCACAGGCAUGUCGGUCGGUCGGUCGGUCCGUCGGUAGACCAAAGCUUGUCCGAGUGAUAACUCAACAAUUCCUGGACGUAUGGUCAUCAAACUUGACAUGAAGGUUGGGCCUGACCAGUAGAUGACCCCUAUUGAUUUUAGGGCUCAUCGGGUCAAAGGUCAAGGUCACAGUGACCUUUUAUGGUAAAAUAAUUUUAAAGCUUGUCCGAGUGAUAUUGAAGUUGGGCCUGACCAGUAGAUGACCCCUAUUGUUUUUGGGGGUCAUCGUGCAAAAGGUCAAGGUCACAGUGACCUUGAAUGGUAAAAGGAUGUCCGAGUGAUAACUCGACAAUGCCUGCACCCAUGGCCCUCAUAAUUGACUUGGAGGUUGGGCCUGACCAGUAGAUGAACCCUAUUGUUUUUGGGGGUCAUCGGGCCAAAGGUCAAGGUCACAGUGACCUUGAAUGGUAAAAAGUUGUCCAUGUGAUAAUUCGACAAUGCCUACACCCAUGGCCCUCAAACUUGACUUGGAGGUUGGGCCUGACCAGUAGAUGACCCCUAUUGUUUUUGGGGGUCAUCGGGCCAAAGGUCAAGGUCACAGUGACCUUGAAUGGUAAAAGGUUGUCCGUGUCAUUACUCGACAAUGCCUGCACCCAUGGCCCUCAAACUUGACUUGGAGGUUGGGCCUGACCAGUAGAUGACUUUUUUUGUUUUUGGGGGUCAUCGGGCCAAAGGUCAAGGUCACAGUGACCUUAAAUGGUAAAAGGUUGUCCGUGUCAUUACUCGACAAUGCCUGCACGUAUGGCCCUCAAACUUGACUUGGAGGUUGGGCCUGACCAGUAGAUGGCCCCUAUUGAUUUUAGGGGUCAUUGGGCCAAAGGUCAAGGUAACAGUGACUUUGAACGAUAAAAGGUUGCCCGAGUGAUAACUCAACAAUGCCUGCGCCCAUGGCCCUCAAACUUGACUUGGAGGUUGGGCCUGACCAGUAGAUGACCCCUAUUGAUUUAAGGGGUCAAGGUCACAGUGACCUUGAAAGUAAACUUGACAAUUCCUGGACCUAUGGUCAUCAAACUUGACAUGAAGGUUGGGCCUGACCAGUAGAUGACCCCUCUUGACUUUGGGGGUCAUCAGGCCAAGGUCGAGGUCACAGUAACCUUUAACGCAAAAAGGUUAACAAAUCUUCUCCCAGUGAUAUCUCAACAAUGCCUGAAUCUAUGAUCAUCAAACUUGACAUGUAAGUUGGGCCUGACCAGGAGAUGACCCUUAUUGAUUUUAUUAGUCAUUGGGUCAAAGGUCAGGUUCACAGUGACCUUGAAUGCGAAAAUGUUUAAGUGAUAAUUGGACAAUGCCUGCACCCAUGGCCCUCAAACUUGACUUGGAGUUGUGUCUGACCUGUAGAUGACCCCUUAUGAUUUAAGAGGUCAUUGGAUCAAAGGUCAAGGUUACAGUGACCUUGAACAAAAAAUUGCUUGUCUGUGUGAUAACUUGUCAAUGCCUGCACCCAUGGCCCUCAAACUUAACAUUUAGAUUUUUGGUGACCAGCUGAUGACUACUAUGGAUUUUGAGGUCAUAGAGUCAAAGGUCAUGGUCAUAACACACUCUAUCCUCAAACUUUGAAUGGUCAUAAUCUUAAAACUGCCUCAACGGCAUACAAUGUUAGCGACAAAUCAGCUGUCAUUUCGGUCCAUGCAUAUUUCAUUCAAUUGUCCAUAUAAUCCUGACAACAUGGCGCUCAGGGGGGGGGGGGGGGGCAUAAUGUUUGACAAACAUCUCUUGUUUGAUCACUAUUUUACUGGGAGAAGUCGAAUUUUCUCCAUAACUCCAUAUAUUUUAAGAUAUUGAAUUUGAACAUCAUCCAUAUAUUGACCGUGUUGGGAAAACGUGCGGUGCUAAAGAAACAUUAUUUUGUGUAUGGCAUUUUUUAGAGUUAUUGCCCUUUGACUUUUGUAUACCUAUUGUUUUAUUUCUCUCCAUAACUUCAUACACAUAUUGACUUUGUUGAGAAGUGCUGUAAAAAAGAAAACAUUAUUUUGCGAAUGUAUUUUUAGAGUUACUAAUUAUUUUUUAUACAUUUUUACUUCUCUUCAUUACUACUCUUGUUACUGAGUUAUUGACUUCGAACUUUAUUCUUAUACUGACUGGGUUCAGGAGAAAUGCAGUGUAAAAGAAACAUUACUUAUAUAUGGUAAUUUUCCAGUUAUUGCCCUUUGAUUAUUUUCAUACCUAAUUUUUACUUCUCUCAACUUUCAUUUACAGGACUGUAUAUGUGAUAUGUUUAUUAAUAUUUGUGUUCAUAUAUGCUAGUGUUAGCAUGUUGAUAUAGCACUAUGUAAAUACGCAUAUAAACCGUAUACAAAUGCGUACAAACGGGCUAAAACUUCCAAAAUUAAGUCCACAUAUCUUAUGUAUGUAUCGAUUAUUUAUGCGCCUCCUUUAAAGGACAUAAUGUUGAUUGUUAUGGACAGAAUGUGUGCAUGUGAUUAAAAUGUUCGAUUUAUA